UCUCUCUCUCUCUCUCUCUGAUCGGAUGGCUAUUAAAGCUAGCAUAGUUUCCUUGAGAAUUCGCACACUGAACUAGAGAGUAGAGACUUCAGUUUCGUAGGAAGAAUAUGGCUCUUCGGUUUGCAUAUGGGGUCCUCCUCUUUUGUCUGUUGCUCUUAAGGUGUGACCACAUCAGUGGAGCGAGGGACGUUGCAAAAGACUCUUAUAAAUCUGCUUACGGUACCAAAGAGAAUUUGGAAGAUCAGUCGGGUUACGCGUCAGGUUAUGCAGCUGCCUACCGGACUCAAAAGGAUGCAAAAGAUUCUUAUGAAUCUGCUUACGGUACCAAAGAGAAUUUGGAAGAUCAGUCGGGUUACUCGUCAGGUUAUGCAGCUGCUUACCGGACUCAAAAGGAUACAAAAGAUUCUUAUGAAUCUGCUUACGGUACCAAAGAGAAUUUGGAAGAUCAGUCCGGUUACGCAACAGGUUAUGCAGCUACUUACCGAACUCAGAAGGUUGCAAAAGAUUCUCAUAAAUCUGCUUACAGUUCCAAAAAGAAUUUGGAAGAUCAGUCUGGUUAUGCUUCAGGUUAUGCAGCUGCUUACCAGACUCAAAAGGUUUCAAAAGAUUCUUAUGAAUCUGCUUACGGUUCCAAAGAGAAUUUGAAAGAUCAGUCUGGUUACGCUUCAGGUUAUGCAGCUGCUUACCGGACAAAAAAAGUGGCGAAAGACACUAAUUACAUCACUGCUUAUGGUACUAAAGAUCUAGACGCGAAAUACGCAGAGAUGGAGGACGUUCCAGAGGAUCAAACCCAUGCUAAUGGAGGGAAGGACGUAGAUGAACAACACUUGAAACAAGAGGAGGUGGCAAACCAAAAAGAGAUGAACCAACCCUACAUCGCUGGGUACACAAGCAGACGAGCAAAUUACAUUACUGCCUACCGAACCAGACAAGAUGGGGAAGAAUCUUACCUAGCUAAGUAUGGUACAAAAGAAGACUUGGAAGACUCUGGGAUGAAAAAUAAAAAGCAGUGUGGCCAGAUUGAUAAUGAUGUGAAGGACGUAGCCGAUCAAAACUUGCAAAAAGUGGAAGUGACACAAGAAAAAGGGAUGAACCAACCUUACAAAGCCGGUUACAGAAACAGACAGUAUGAGGCAGGUUACGGAAACAGACAGUAUGAUGCUGGUUACAGAAAUAGACAGUAUGAGGCUGGUUACCGAACCAGGCAAGAUGCAAAAGACAAUUACAUUGCUGGAUACACUGGGAAGAGAGAUCAGGGCCCUUACACUGCUGGCUAUAGAAGUGCGCAAGACGUGAAAGAGUUGGAUUACAUUAGUGCAUAUGGAGAUGGGAAAGACUCUAAAGAGUCAGGCAUGGAGCAUGAAAAUCAUAUGGCAGCAAAGCCAUCAUCCCACAUGGAUCGCUCGGAAGCAUUCAAGUCAGGCUUUUUCACCAUGGAUGAUCUAUUUGUGGGGAAGACAAUGCCCCUCCGCUUUCCUAUCCAAGAGUUUCCCCAUUUCUUGCCAAGAGAAGAAGCUGAUUCCAUUCCUUUCUCAAUGGCCCAACUCUCAAACGUUCUUCAACUCUACUCAAUCCCUCCAGGUUCUCCCAGUGCCCGGGCUAUGGAAAACACACUCCAACAGUGCGAAUCUCUACCCAUCAAGGGGGAGAUCAAGCACUGCGCUACCUCUUUAGAGUCCAUGCUUGGUUUUGUACACAACAUCAUGGGCUCAUGGCCCAACCUGGAUGUCCUAACAAUCACCCACCCCACAGUGGCAACUGUCUCGACACAGAAUUACUCUGUUCUGAGAAUUUCAGAGGAAAUUUAUGCUCCUAAAUGGGUAGCUUGUCAUCCCUUGCCGUACCCUUACAAAGUUUUCUACUGCCACUUCAUAGAAAGGAGCAAAAUAUUCAAGGUUUUACUAGGGGGUGAGAAUGAACAUAAGGUGGAAGCAGUUGCUGUAUGCCACAUGGACACGUCUGAAUGGGACCCUGAUCACAUUCUCUUUCGCCAACUAGGGAUCAAGCCCGGCUCUUCUUCUCCAAUAUGCCAUUUCCUCCCGGUAUAUCAUCUUGUUUGGGUUCCAUCACCAACACCAGCAACAGCCUCUAUCUAGACCAAGGGUAGCUCUGCUUCCUGUAUCUUGUGUAGAUGUCGAAUAAAGGUCAAUAACCUGGGGUCCUGAGUUCCUGUAACAUAGUGGACCUCGCGCUUCUCUACUGUGAUAGUUCAUGUUUUUUUUCCCUUAAUAUAAGCUUAUGGUGGUGAUUAAUUUCUA